UUCUCUUUUUUUAUGACCUCCUCCCAUCCUCUGAAGCAUAUACCACGGUUGCUGGCAUUCCUGGUAAACAAAAAAAGAAGCUUUCCUUGUGCCUUUCGUAGUUCUUCGGCCGCUUUCUGCUCUCUCUCUCUGAUAGCUUUGAGAGAAGAAGAAUUAGAAAGCCUUUUCAGCUUGAAGAAUCUCUCUCUGUCCUUGUGGGAUUGUAUUUCUGCAAAUCUCAGGUGGAUUUAUGGAUACGUGAUACGAAAUUGGACCGCGGGAAUCAGCCAAGAAAGUCGUCGUAUUUCCUGCAAUCCUUUCCAAGUAUCAGUCGUCGGAUCGAUUAUCGCCUCAAUUCUCGGAUUUCGUAUUUAUAUAUAAAGGAAGGCGGAUGUCAAGGGCUCGCGAUGAGUCUGGUGGUUGGGCUGCCUUUGACCUCAAGCAGCGCCAGAAAAAAGGCCUCGAGCCUCAAGUUUACAAGGAUCCUUUCCUAACUAUACCGAACACUCUAACUUCUCUACAUCCUCGUGUAAACGUACCGAGGAAUAAUGACCUUCCGGGCAGGCCUUUUUCAACUCUACUCCUCCCAUCUGUAGAUUGUUCAACUUCGGCAGAGAAUAGCGUUGGGAAAAGACCUUUAUUAGAUGGCGAUUCCAGUGGGAAACAGUACACUUCCGUGGAAGAUAAUACAUCUUCCAUGAAGAAAAUCAUGGAUCUUUACCCUUGGGCUGACGAUUUCUUGAUUGAGGAUAUUAUGGUUGCAAUGGAUAAUGAUAUGGAUAAGGCCUCAAUUUUAUUGAAACAAUGGUUUCCUCCGGCAGCUGUGGAGAGAAUAACCAAACUAGCAUUUCAAAAAAACAACUCCAGCUCAAAUGUCUCUUUAAGUGAUAGAGAAUAUGUUCCUCAAUCUCCUUCUGGCAUUUCUAACCGUAACUCUACAAUUCAAAACUGUCUCAAAGAGAAUAAGAUAGAAUUGUUAACUGGUGAUGAUUACGGUGUGCAAAAGCUUGCUAUUGAUGCAGCAAAUAGGAAGCUGGUUCUGGGGAGUUUGGAGUCUGUACCCAUCGAACCUGAGUGGGAAGAGGAUGAUGUUUACUUGAAGCAUCGAAAAGAUGCAUUAAGGAUGAUGAGGUCAGCAUCACAGCACUCUAAGGCAGCCACUCAUGCCUUUGCAAGAGGUGACCAUUUUUCUGCCCAACAACACUCAAAGAAGGCUCGAGAGGAACGGUUGGCUGCUGAAAGCCUCAAUAAGAAGGCAGCCAAAGAAAUUUUAAGGAUCAAGAAUAGCAAAAAUGAUUUAUGGAAAUUGGAUUUACAUGGCCUUCAUGCAUCAGAAGCAAUUCAAGCCUUGCACGAACACCUGCAACAAAUUGAAACAAAGGAGCUAGCUAAUCGCUCUGUGUCACCAAACAGAGUUAAGAUGGAAAAGAUGAUUAUACGUUCUUCAUCACAUGAGUCGUUUAGUUGUACUGACAGAAAGAAAUUGGAUCAACAGAAGGCAUCAUCAACGCAAAGAUCGGCAUCCUUAGAGAUCAUCACAGGUAGAGGUAAUCAUAGCCGAGGACAGGCUGCACUUCCAACAGCUGUGAGAAGUUUCCUUAACGAGAAUGGGUAUCGUUUUGAGGAGUUGAGACCAGGUGUAAUCACAGUGAGGCCCAAGUUCCGUCACAGGUGAUUGCUUCAUCAAGUAACCAAAUCAGUGAUGAUGCAUGAUAUGUUGUUGCAAAACGCUCUUCUGCACUUGCUUUCUAUGCCCAGAAUAUAAAUCAGGCAGUUUCCUUCUUGAUAUCGGAGUCUCAUAUUUGUAUGAUUAGGAGUAAAUAUUUAGUUUUGGACGAUUAAUAAGCGAGAGAUUUGUAUUAGUAGCCUAACUCGUGUGCUAAUUUAAAAUAAAUGUAUCUCAUUUCUAGA